AUGGAGCGUAAUUUCUUCAGAAAUCUGCCAUCUGAAAUCACCACCGAAAUCCUCUCACGCCUCCCUCUCCGAAGCAUUGCAUUAAGCAAGUGCGUUUGCAAACGAUGGCUCAAUCUGCUCGAUUCCGAUGAUUUUGAAUUCAAAACCCCACCCGCCCUUGCUCUCUUCCAGCAAAUGAACUCAAUUCGGUGCUCAAUUUUCGAAAUUGAAGACGAAGAUGAAACCGAUGAGGAGAAGAGCCAUGAUCUUCACUACAUUCCGCUCACCGAUUUCGAUAUCCCUUACGAAAACUCAGAACCACUGGCAGGUAUGGCUGCAAACGGGUUGCUUCUUCUAUACUCACGGUUAGGGUGUCCUCAAAUUCCGCUUUUUCUAUGCAAUCCGAUCACUCGUCAAUAUAUCGAGCUCUGGUGCCCUCAUGUAUACAUCUUAGAUGAUGAUGAUGAUGAUGAUGAUGAUGAUGAUGAUGAUGGUGUUUAUGUGGUGUUCAGCAUUGGAUUUGGAAUGAGCAAAAUAAGCGGGCAAUAUAAGGUGGUCUGUAUCAUUGUGGACACCGACUCACAUUACGUAUACACCCUCGGAAUAGGAACAUGGAGGCGCGUUGAAGCCGGUGCUGCUUCUGGUCUCGGAAUCUAUUCAGCUGGUCACAUUGUUUGUAAUGGCAACAUCCAUUGGAUAGGAGUAUAUCAUUCGGCUAAUAUCUUACGGAUUUGUGCUUUUGAUCUUGAAAAUGAUAGUUUUAGCGUCUUCUCUCCUCCUCCUCCUCUUCCUGUAGGACGUAGGCGUCUAAUCGGGAAGUUGUCGGCUUUGAGGGACUGCCUGUGUUAUUCAUACACAUGGGAAGAUGAAAUUGUCAUCUGGUGGAUGAAGGAAUACCAGGUCGAGGAAUCUUGGACCAUAUUGUACAAGAUAAGUAAUAAUGGUUUUGAUUUUGAUCGGGCUUCUGGUAUUGCUUGGAAUUACAUGUUUGUUAAACUAAUUAAAAUUUUUAAAGAUGGUGACGUUUUGAUGCUACUGGAAAAAAAGCAGCUCAUCUACUACACCAAUAAGACAAGAACUAUUCAACAAGUCGGUAUGUUUAAGGAUGCAGUUGCGAAGGAUUACGACAUUGUUAGUGCCGUGAUUUUCACUCCUAGCCUUUUCUCACUCAAGAAUUUCGGAUUCGAGAAUGUGAUCUUGUUUUAG